UACGCUGGGCCUGGGGACGUGGCCUGUGAUAUCUGCUCUGGACAGAAGCUCAGAGCGGUCAAGUCCUGUCUGACCUGCACUGUCUCCUACUGUGAGAGCCACGUCAGGCAGCACUACACCGUCCCAGCACUGCAGAGACACACCCUGGCUGAGGUCACGUAGAUGGUCAGGGAUGUAGCUCAGUUGGUAGAGCAUGGCGUUUGCAACGCCAGGGUUGUGUGUUCGAUUACCACGGGGUGCCAGUAUGAUAUUUUUUUAUUUUUAUAAAUAAAUAAAUAAUGUAUGCACUCACUAACUGUAAGUCGCUCUGGAUAAGAGCGUCUGCUAAAUGACUAAAAUGUAAAUGUAAAAAUGUCACUGGGGACAGGGGACACACAGAAGAGGUAAUGUUAUUAGCUGUACUCUACUUGGAUAUAAAACUUGGCUUGUUUCUCAUACUUACAAACACUUGCUUUAUUAUUAUUACAGUAACUGAACUGUGUGUUUCAUGUUUUCUCUACAGAAGAGGACUAUGGAGAGUGAGACUGAGGAGGAGGGUGUCUGUUAAAAGAGGAAGAUGGAAUUUAAAGAGGAGGAUGUUUCUGAUUAAGAUAUUUCUGAUCUGAAGAAUACAAUCAGUGAGCUGAGGAAGGAGAUCUCUGAGCUGAAUAGCUCUAAGUCAGACUUGGAGCAGGAGAUCUCUAAACUCAAACAUGAUGUUGGUGAGCUCAGUAAAAAGAAUGCUGUGCUAAAACAAAAGGCAACAAUCUCUGAACUAUGUCACAGGGAGGCUGAGAUUGUGAAUAUUACAGCAGGUCAGUGUGAUUAUGAUCCCAUCAGAAUGACAGUUAUAGUUGUUUGAUGCUAGUAAGUUAUUUUAUCUGUAACUAAUUGCCUCUCUCUCUCUCUUUCACACACACACACACACACACACACACACACACACACACACACACACACACACACACACACACACACACACACACACACACACACACACACCACAUCUAACUGUACUCUCCCAUGUGUUCUCUCUCAGGCUUGCUUGAGGUUCCAGCUCUGGGUCGGUCCAUUCACCCUGGAAUGUUGUAUGACUCCUUCACACCAGGUAACUUGUCUUUUUAUUUCAGUGUACAUACAGCUAUGUUAAUGUGGACUACAUUCUGGAUAUCUCAACUCUUUUGGAAUGUAUAGACUUUAAAAUAAAUGUGUUUGUGAAUGGUGAUGUGUAAUAUCUUAACUGUCCUUCAAAUCAGACUCCAUGUGUAGCUCAGAUACCGUAAUGGAAGGGAGAAUAUAUCUGACAAAGAAUCUGUCAACUCAUAUUUUGGAAUGUAGGGAGGACCAACAACGUAAAUGUCUUGGAUUUAAUGAGACGUGUUACUGUAAUAUCAGAUGUCCUCUUCCCUUCAGACACCUUGUGGGACUCAGACUCUGUGAUAAAAGGGAAAACAUCCCUGAUGAUCCCAACUACUGAGACCCAGGUAAUAGAGACAGACUCCCUGCAGGAGAGGUUCAGAGUUCUGGGAGUGGAUCAGCCAAUCAGAACCAGCUUCCUGUCUGGACUGGUGGAGGUGGGAGGAGCUGCAGAGUAUCUAAACCAUCCACCCCUAGACGAAGGGAACAAUGUAACUCUACACUACAAGAGAACCACCAGACUGGAUCAGCUGACUCCCUCCCUGUUAGAGAAGGUGACUCAUCCUGAUGUGAUUCAGCUUCAAACAGCCACACAUGUGGUCAUGGCCGUGACAUACGGAACUCAGACCUUCCUCAUCUUAAAGACAGACUGGUUUUGGAACAAGAGCAAAGUUAUUAACACAGUGAAGAAUAUGAUCCCAGUUUGCACAGCAGAGGAUGGAGUCAUUAAACUAGAUGAUUCUUGGGAAAAUGCCUAUUCUGUUCUCUCCUGGUCAUAUUAUAAUGAUGUUGAGGGAGAGAGAGAGGUCAGAGGUGAAAGAGAGAUCACUGAUCUCUAUAAGUCCUUCUCUAAGCUGCUGGGGCCCAGUGGAGAGAAGGCUGUUCCUCUGACAGUUUGGCUCUGUCCUCUGAAGAACCUGCACCCUGCAACAGCCUAUGUGAGAAAGCUCAGUGAAGACCUAUAAUAUAAUAUGCCAUUUAGCAGACACUUUUAUCCAAAGCAACUUACUUAAGUCAUGCAUAAAAAAUGUGUUUGUGUAUGGGUGGUCCCCAGGGAUUUAACCCACUACCUUGGCGUUACAAGCGCCGUGCUCUACCAGCUGAGCUACAGAGGACCACAAUCCAAGAUAGAGAGAGAGAUGGACCACUACAGAUAUUCAGAGGGAAGGUGUGAGGAGAUGAUGGGGACGAUGGAGGAUAAAGCUGAAGCUGACCUGAAUGGUACAUUAUUCCAGUUCAUAAUUCUGCUCCAGCAUUACCAAGCAACUCUGGUGUCUGUGAGAACAGGAGAGAAGGAGGAGGAGAAACUGAAAGUGGUUCUGAAAGGCCAUGAUCUGUUCGGAGUGGCAGAACAGUGUUUAGAUGAUGAGCUGAAGUUCCUUCAAUGUCUUGACUAUGAAAUCAGAGAUAUGAUGGUGUCUAUAGACAAGCUGUGUGAAGUCAUCAGUGAUCCAAAGACAGACACUGUGGUGUGUUUCACUCUCACCUCUCUGGGUGAAACAGACCCAUAUCUCUCAUCUCUGAAGCAGUAUCUUGACUCCCUACAGACAGACACCCAGACCAGGCCUGACCACCCCGACCAGCACCCUCAGCCCUGGUUCAAGUCUGAGGAGAACAAGAACAGAGUCACAAACACAACUAACACUUUUCUGGAUUUUAUGAAGGCCAACAAAAAACUAAAGUUCAUAGCAGCCUCCAUUGCAGAUGAAUCCACUCCUGAAGUCUCCAUCCAUCUCUACCAGAGGGGCAGGUUAGUGGACUCUGACUAUGAGCCUGUCAAAGCUUGACCCUGUUCAGGUAACAGACACACAGCAGAGCAGAGUGACUCUGAGUUUACCUCGGUCAAAGACUGGACACACUGACAGGUUCAGAGUGGAUUACAGACCUGUCAGAACUGACCUGUUCUUUCUCUAUGAGGAGAAGUGGAGAAGCAUGGAGACCAGAGAUAAUGGGGAAGUCUGAUAUCAGACCUGGAGAGAGAGAGACACAGUACCAGAUCAGACACAGAGCAGAGGACAGGUUCAGUGACAUCAUCGUGACAGAGACUGGGUCAGGAUCUGGACCUGGGCGUCCAGUAGUCCAGUCAGCAGACAGAAACUCAGUCAGUCUGACCUGGAGAAGACCAGCGGAAGGUGCAGAGGGACGUCCUGUGCUCCACUACAGACAGGAGUACAGAGAGGAGGGACAGGAGGAGUGGGACACACUGCUAACAGACGGAGACAAGUGUGUGUACUCCCUAACACCCACACACACCUCCUGCAGAGUC